UAUAUAUGUGACUAAGUAAAUAUAUUCAUUUAAUUGAACUUUAAAAAAAGUGAUUUGCGGAUGUGAUUGUAAAGAAAGUAUUUUAAUAUAGUGUUUUAUAAUGGCUGAUGCAGCAGCCCGUCAACUACAGUAUGAAUACAAAGCGAAUUCAAAUUUGGUUUUGCAAGCUGAUGUACGUUUUAUUGAACGUCGUAGUAGAGAUGAAGCUACAGGAGAAGUGGUUUCACUUGUUGGUAGAUUAAGUGGCACUCGUAUGGGAGAUCGCCACCAAAGGAGUAAACCAGAUAAAGCAGAAGAACGUAAAGUCAAACGUCAGAAACGUGAUGAAGCACAAUAUGAUUUUACACGAAUGAAGGGUGUUACUCUUUUAUCUGAUGGCGUAGAUGAACUAGUAGGCAUUGUCUAUAGACCAAAAACACAGGAAACAAGGCAAACUUAUGAAGUAUUACUUAGUUUUAUUCAAGAAGCCAUAGGGGAUCAACCCAGAGACAUUUUGUGUGGGGCUGCUGAUGAAGUGAUAGCAGUUCUAAAAAAUGAUAAAUUAAAAGAGCGUGAGAAGAAAGUUGAAACUGAAUCUUUAUUGGGUCAAUUAGCUGAUGAAAGAUUUGCAUUACUUGUGAACUUGGGCAAAAAAAUAACAGAUUUUGGAAAUGAUUCCGGGGUUAACACUGUUACUGCAUCAGAGGAACAAAUUGAUGAUGCAUAUGGCAUUAAUGUGCAGUUUGAAGAAUCUGAAGAAGAGGAUGAUGAAGAUGUUUAUGGUGAAGUUCGUGAUGAUGAUGGCUUAAGGGGAGAAGAUGAAGGUGAAGAAAAUGAAGAGCUCACACGAUCUAUUCAUGCUCAAAAUCUUGGGAAUGUAGAAGAACUAAAAAAAGAUAAAUCAUUGCAUCCUCUCGACAUUGAUGCUUAUUGGCUUCAACGUAGAUUAAGCAAAGUUUAUAAUGAUGCUAUGGUUUCACAAGCCAAAGCAAAGGAAGUAUUAAAUGUUCUAAAAGAAGCUAAUGAUGAUAGAGAGUGUGAAAAUCAAUUAGUCUUACUUUUGGGGUAUGAUUGUUUUGAUUUUAUCAAACAGUUGAAGAAGGAACGUCAAAUGAUUUUGUAUUGUACUUUAUUGGCAUCAUCUCAAAGUGAAUCAGAACGACAAAAAAUAAGAGACAAGAUGUGCAGUGAUCCAGCUUUGAAAAAAAUCUUAAAUCAGUUAGAUACUGGUAAAGGCGUUGAUGAUGAUGGAUCCGGGGGAAAUAUGAUGGAUCAUGAUGGAACCAAUAGUAAUUCAAAUGGGUUAUCCCAUGGUCGGAAAGGAGAUGUUAGCUCUAAGGGUGAAAAUUCCCAGAAUUCUGGGCCUUUACAUGUUCUAGAAUUAGAAGAUCUCAUAUUUACACAAGGUUCCCAUUUAAUGGCUAAUAAAAGAUGUCAGUUGCCAGAUGGUUCAUACAGAAAACAGAGAAAAGGCUAUGAAGAAGUACAUGUGCCUGCUCUGAAACCAACUGCUUUUAAAAGUGAUGAAGAACUCAUAGCAAUCAGCAAAUUACCAAAAUAUGUUCAACCUGUAUUUGAAGGUUUCAAAAAUCUUAAUCGUAUUCAAAGCAGAUUAUACAAAGCUGCACUGGAAUCUGAUGAAAAUCUUUUACUUUGUGCCCCUACUGGUGCUGGCAAGACAAAUGUUGCUUUAUUAACCAUGAUGCGAGAAAUUGGAAAACACAUCAAUUCAGAUGGCACUAUUAAUGCUGAUGAAUUUAAAAUUAUCUAUGUUGCUCCGAUGAGAUCUCUUGUACAAGAAAUGGUUGGAAAUUUUGGUAAAAGAUUGGGCUGUUAUAAUUUGAAAGUGUCCGAGUUAACUGGUGAUCAUCAACUGACAAGAGAACAAAUUGCUGCAACACAAGUGAUAGUAUGCACUCCAGAAAAAUGGGAUAUUAUUACCAGAAAAGGUGGUGAGAAAACCUUCACGACUAUGGUUCGUUUGGUAAUCAUUGAUGAAAUUCAUCUUCUUCAUGAUGAAAGGGGCCCUGUUCUUGAAGCGCUUGUUGCAAGAACCAUUCGUAAUAUUGAAACAUCUCAAGAAGAUGUAAGGUUAAUUGGUUUAUCAGCUACACUUCCCAAUUAUGAAGAUGUGGCAACUUUUCUUCGAGUCAAAAGACAAACUGGUUUAUUCUAUUUUGAUAACAGUUUUAGACCAGUAGCAUUGGAACAGCAAUAUAUUGGUGUCACUGAGAAGAAGGCUUUGAAAAGAUUCCAGGUUAUGAAUGAAAUAGUUUAUGAAAAAACUAUUGAGCAUGCUGGUAGAAACCAAGUGUUAGUUUUUGUUCAUAGCAGAAAGGAAACUGCAAAAACAGCUCGUGCAAUUCGUGAUAUGUGCCUGGAACGAGAUACCCUUGGUCAGUUCUUGAGGGAAGGUUCUGCUAGUGUUGAAGUAUUGAGGACUGAGGCAGAACAGGUUAAAAAUGCAGAAUUACGGGAUUUAUUACCAUAUGGAUUUGCUAUUCAUCAUGCGGGUAUGACUAGAGUAGAUAGAACACUUGUUGAAGAUUUGUUUGCUGAUAGGCACGUACAAGUACUUGUGUCAACUGCAACCUUAGCAUGGGGUGUGAAUUUACCAGCUCACACAGUAAUAAUUAAAGGAACUCAAGUAUACAAUCCUGAAAAAGGACGUUGGGUUGAAUUAGGAGCUUUAGAUGUUCUUCAAAUGUUAGGUCGAGCUGGUAGACCCCAAUAUGAUACAAAAGGCGAAGGAAUACUUAUUACUAACCACAGCGAAUUGCAAUAUUAUUUAUCUCUUCUUAACCAACAGCUGCCUAUAGAAUCCCAAAUGAUAGCAAAAAUGCCUGAUAUGAUGAAUGCUGAAAUUGUAUUAGGUUCAAUUCAAAACAUUAGAGAUGCAGUUACUUGGUUAGGGUAUACAUAUUUAUACAUAAGAAUGAUGAGAAAUCCUACUUUGUAUGGAAUUUCUCAUGAUGCAGCAAAAGAUGACCCAUUGUUGGAAUUGCAUAGAGCUGAUCUUGCCCAUACAGCUGCACUGCAUUUAGAUAGAAGUGGUUUAAUCAAGUAUGAUCGAAAAACUGGGCAUUUCCAAUGUACGGAGUUAGGAAGAAUAGCAUCACAUUAUUAUUGUACAUAUGAUACUAUGCUCACAUACAACCAACUACUGAAACCAACUUUGAGCGAAAUUGAGCUAUUCAGAGUGUUUUCAUUAUCUGGUGAAUUUAGAAAUAUCACUGUUAGAGAAGAAGAAAAACUUGAACUUCAAAAAUUAAUGGAACGUGUUCCCAUUCCAAUUAAGGAAAAUAUUGAAGAACCUUCUGCCAAAGUAAAUGUACUUUUGCAGGCUUAUAUAUCUCAACUAAAAUUGGAAGGAUUUGCAUUGAUGGCUGAUAUGGUUUAUGUUACUCAAUCUGCGGCUAGAUUGUUGAGAGCUAUAUAUGAAAUUGUUUUGCACAAAAAAUGGGCUCAACUUGCAGAUAAAUCUUUGUCAUUAUGUAAAAUGAUUGAUAGAAGAAUGUGGCAAUCUAUGUGCCCUCUCAGACAGUUUAAGAAAAUGCCACAAGAAAUUGUGAAAAAACUGGAAAAGAAAAACUUUCCUUGGGAAAGACUCUAUGAUUUGGGCCCAAAUGAAAUUGGAGAGUUAAUUCGAGCUCCUAAAUUGGGAAAAAUUGUACACAAGUAUGUACAUCAGUUCCCUAAACUUGAAAUGUCUACACAUAUACAACCAAUCACCAGAUCUACUCUGCGAGUUGAAUUAACCGUAGUUCCUGAUUUUCAAUGGGAUGAAAAAGUUCAUGGACUUUCGGAAGCUUUUUGGAUUCUUGUGGAAGAUGUUGAUUCAGAAGUAAUUCUUCAUCAUGAAUAUUUUUUGUUAAAACAGAAAUAUUGUCAGGAUGAACAUUUGAUCAAAUUUUUUGUUCCUGUAUUUGAACCAUUGCCUCCUCAAUAUUUCUUGCGUAUUAUUUCUGAUCGUUGGAUAGGAGCCGAAACCCACUUACCAGUUUCAUUCAGACAUUUAUUACUACCAGAAAAAAAUUUACCUCCUACAGAAUUAUUGGAUUUACAACCUUUACCAGUAACUGCAUUAAGAAAUGAAAAGUUUGAGGCAUUAUAUGCAGAUAAAUUCCCGCAAUUCAAUCCUAUUCAGACCCAAGUUUUCAAUGCUGUUUACAAUAGUGGAGAUAAUAUUUUUAUUGGUGCACCUACUGGUUCCGGAAAAACAACCAUAGCUGAAUUUGCAGUGUUGAGAAUGUUCUCUCAACAACCGAAUGGUCGGUGUGUAUACUUGGUAUCAAAAGAAACUUUGGCUGAGUUAGUAUUCAAUGAUUGGCACAAUAAGUUUACUGUAAUGCUUGGAAAGAAAGUUGUUCAUCUGACUGGUGAAACAGCAACAGAUUUGAAGUUGUUGGCAAAAGGACAAAUUAUAAUAACAACAGCUGAUAAAUGGGAUGUUUUAUCAAGACGGUGGAAGCAAAGAAAAAAUGUACAAAAUAUUCAGUUAUUUAUUGCUGAUGAGUUGCAUUUGAUUGGCGGUGAAGAUGGUCCUGUCUUAGAAAUAGCUUGUGCUCGAAUGAGAUAUAUCUCAUCACAGAUUGAUAAACCUAUUAGAAUUAUUGCUUUAUCUUCAUCAUUAUCUGAUGCUAAAGAUGUCGCACAAUGGUUGGGAUGCAAUGCUAAUUGUACCUUCAACUUUCAUCCAAGUGUUAGACCAGUGCCUUUAGAAUUACAUGUACAGGGUUUCAACAUCACUCACCAUGCAUCAAGAAUAAUGGCAAUGAAUAAGCCAGUAUAUAAUGCAAUAAUGAAACACAGCCCACAUAAACCAGCAAUUGUAUUUGUAUCGACUAGAAAGCAAGCUCGAUUAACAGCAAUUGAGCUGCUUACUUAUUGUGCAGCUGAAGGUCAACCUAACAAAUUUUUCCAUGCUGAAGAAGAAGAUAUCAAACCAUUUUUAGACAGAAUGAAUGAUAAAACUCUGAAGGAAACACUUCUUCAAGGAGUUGCAUAUCUUCAUGAAGGAUUGUCAUGCACUGAUCAUAGAUUGGUUGAACAAUUAUUUGAUUCUGGUGCCGUGCAAGUAGCUGUUGUGUCCAGAGAUUUGUGCUGGGGUUUAAAUAUUGCUGCUCAUCUUGUUGUUGUGAUGGAUACUCAAUUUUAUAAUGGCAAAAUUCAUGUUUAUGAAGACUAUCCCAUUACUGAUGUCUUGCAAAUGUUAGGGCGAGCAAAUAGACCACAUGAUGACAAUGAUGCAAAAUGUGUGUUAUUAUGCCAAAGUUCCAAAAAAGAUUUCUUUUUGAAAUUUGUAAAUGAAUCAUUGCCUGUUGAAAGCCAUUUAGAUCAUAGACUUCACGAUCAUUUUAAUGCUGAAAUUGUAACAAAGACAAUAGAAAAUAAACAAGAUGCAGUAGAUUAUAUGACGUGGACAUUUUUAUAUAGAAGAUUAACUCAAAACCCAAAUUAUUAUAGUUUGCAAGGAGUUACACAUAGGCAUUUAUCUGAUCAUUUAUCAGAGCUGGUGGAAACAACUUUAAAUGACUUGCAGAACUCUAAAUGUAUAACCAUUGAAGAUGAAAUGGAUUGUGUACCGCUGAACUUAGGAAUGAUAGCAGCCUACUACUAUAUAAACUAUACUACUAUAGAAUUAUUCAGUUUAUCAUUGAAUAGCAAAACUAAGAUUCGUGGGUUGCUUGAAAUUAUAUCAUCGGCGGCUGAAUAUGAAGAUGUUGUUGUGCGUCAUCAUGAAGAUGGUUUACUAAGAACACUUGCAUCUAGAUUGCCAAAUAAAUUAGUUGGACCAAAAGGCACACAACCUAAAUAUAAUGACCCACACAUUAAGACAAAUCUACUUUUGCAAGCUCAUUUGAGUCGCUUGCAGUUAGGGGCAGAGUUGCAAGGAGAUACAGAGAAAAUUCUGGCAAAGGCAAUUAGAUUGAUUCAAGCGUGUGUUGAUGUUUUGAGUUCUAAUGGUUGGUUGUCGCCGGCCGUAGCUGCUAUGGAAUUAGCACAAAUGGUUACACAAGCCAUGUGGAGUAGAGAUUCAUAUCUAAAACAAUUACCACACUUCACAAAUGACAUUAUUAAAAGAUGUACAGAUAAGAAAAUUGAUACCGUUUUUGACAUCAUGGAACUUGAAGACGAUGAUAGAUCUAAAUUAUUAAUGAUGACAGACAGUCAAAUGGCUGAUGUUGCCAAAUUUUGUAAUAGGUAUCCUAAUAUAGAAAUGUCUUAUGAAGUAGAGGAAGAAGAUAAUAUUCACUCGGGGGCUUCUAUAAAUGUUGUGGUCAGUUUAGAGAGAGAAGAUGAUGUAACUGGCCCUAUUAUAGCCCCAUUUUUCCCUCAGAAACGAGAAGAAGGAUGGUGGGUUGUUAUUGGUGACCCAAAAUCGAAUUCCUUGCUUUCUAUCAAGAGGUUAACUUUGCAGCAAAAAGCAAAGGUGAAAUUGGAUUUUAUAGCACCAAGUCCUGGGUCUCAUUCUUACACACUGUAUUUCAUGAGUGAUGCUUACCUUGGCUGCGAUCAAGAAUAUAAGUUUUCUAUUAAUGUAUUAGAUUAUGUAUCUAGUAAUAGUGAUUCUGAUUGAAAAUUCUAUUUAGAAUGUAUUAUUUUAAUAGAUUUUUUUAAUUUUGUGAUUACAUAAGAAUAUAAAA